AUGAUGACUAUAUCCCAAGAGGAUCUUGCGACAAUCAAACAAGAUUUGAUACGAGAAAAACAACCAAACCAAACAGAAGUUGAGCAAAUCUAUACCCAAUUGAUAUCUAAAUUGGCAACCAUUACAUCAAAAGGAAUAAGUGAUGAUAAAUACGUGGUAUUAUUCAAUGAUACCUUAUCUAUUUGUUUAUUAAGAUAUAGAAUAUCCCAUGAAUCAUUAAAAGAAAGUGAAUCAAUAUUUGAUUAUAUCCUCCAGUUGAUAAAUCAUCCGUUCCCACCGUUGCAAAAUUCAUUAAAUUCUUUAAUCCAGAAGUUGCUAAAUUUUGAAGGGGUGCAAAUAACUCAAUGGAUUGACAAAGUGAUGAAACAGAGCUUAACGAAGAGUUUAUACCUUUUGUUGGAAGUAUUACUAAAGAAAGUCGACGAUAAGACAUAUUUUCUUCGGACAUUUCCUGAAUAUCCCGAAAACUCAAUUAAAUUAUUCGAUGACCAAUUAUCAAACUGUAUAAGUAAAACAUUAAUCAUUGCUUACGGUAAUAAUACCGCUAACCAUAAACAGUGGUAUACCACUUGGAAAGAGGUAAUUAAAUCGGGACUAUCCAAUGUGAAAUUAAGAGCGAAUGUUAUCACCUACUUACUACCAAAUUUACUCAAGAUAAAUCCAAAAUGCUUUGAAUUACUAGUCGCUGAAUAUAGCGCUAACUUAGAUAUCUUAAUUCCACUAUUGAACAUGGGUCAAAAAUCAGAAUUGAUAGAUAGUUUAGAUACCCUCCUUGAUUCACACACGCUUAUCAAUUGCUUAGUUAAUAGCGAUCAUGAAAUACGAUUGAAUUCAUUGCAAUUACUUCUUGGAACCACUAGCAAACAACUCAAACGGAAACCUAUUCCGAAGCAUGCCUAUGAGAUAAUUCAAGAAAAUCAUAUUUUAGAUAUCCAUUUGAAUGAUUCUACAAAACAAGAUAUAUUCAUAAGUAUCUUUUAUCAAUUCAUUUCUGGACGAUUCAGUGAUUGCUUACUGGGAAAAUUUACAGAAGAAGACUCUGAAAAUAGCAGAGAGUUUUUGCUGUGGUUAUUAAAUCUUUUACUAGAGUACCUAGACCCUGGGAGCACAUUUCCCCAAACAAUAGGUGUGAUUACUAUCCUAAGCAACAUUCAAGAGAAACUUUCAGUUAAUAUUUUCAAUCAGAGAACAAUCAAGCUGUUAGCAAAACACUUAUUUUCCGAUUAUAAAGCCAUUCGAAAUUCAAGUUUGGAAUUAUUAGAGAAGUGUCCCGCCGAAGACUUAGAGACAUUUUUAGAAGUUGAAGAAAAUGGAUUAUUUGAAUAUUCAGAAGGGAUAGUUACGGAACUAACUGGACGUGUGAGUGAAGGAGCCGCAAAAGCGUUCCAAUUUUUGGCGAUUGCUUAUUUCAAAUGCAAUCAAUUAGAAAGAUUAGAUAAGCUCGAGUCACAGCUAUUGGAAAAGAUUGUCGAGAAUGAAGUAUAUCUUCACGGGUACUUUAGUGCAUUGAAUCUAAUUGUUGAGAAAGUCGACAUAAAACAAUGUACACUCCAAAAGCUAAUUGAACAAAUAUUCAAAAUUUGGAAACAGCAGAAAUCCAUCCUAUCCAGAGAAGUUACUACAACUGAAGAAGACGAAGACAUUUCAGACGACGAUGAUGAAGGUUAUAGUGAUGUUAACGAUAACACAAUCAAACUCCACUACUCUUGGAAAGUUGCCAAGACCUCCAAUGAAUUAAUGAUAUCCAUGCUCGAGAAAUAUCACAAUCAAAUCAAUCCUGAAACAAUCCUUGAUUGCACCAAGCUAGUAAUGGACCAAUUAAGUUCUAUCAAGCAUAGGGGAGCAUUCUCAUCCAUAUAUCCAUCGUUCAUCAAGAUAUGCAAAUUGUGCUUCAAUAUGGAAAAGCUCUCCCAUUAUCCGAAACAAUGGAUCCAGGACAAUAUCCAACUAAUCGAAUCAAAAACUCAAUUAAUAUCAAGAAGAUCAGGUGGGAUUCCAUACUUAAUUGCCGGAGUCUUGGUAGGUGCCAAGUCAUCAUCAGUUAAUUCCGACGAACUAUUCAAAUAUUCAACUUUGGAAUUAUUGAGAAUUGCCAAAUUGCCAUAUGAUGUCAAAUCGGAGACGAAACGAGAUAUACCCCAAGUCCAUGCCUAUAACACGCUCAAACAAAUAUUCAUAGAGGGUUCACUUGCUAAUGAUAGUGUUAGAUAUAUCGAAGAAGCAAUGAUGCUUGCCCUAGAAAAUUUCUGUUCUGAAAAUUGGUCUAUUCGAAAUUGUGCCGUGAUGUUAUUUGGAAGUAUAAAGCAGAGAUCCUUGGGUGCUGGUGAGGCGGCAACUAGAAAGACAUCAUCAAAGCUUUUCUUUUCAAGAUUCCCCAAAUUGAAGACUGCAUUUUUGGACUAUUUAUUGAAAUCGGCUGGAAAUGUACAGAUUCCUACUAGUGAUGAUCAGGUAGUUUUUCCGAUUUUAAUUAUGCUUUCCCAAUUAGAGCACCAAGCGUCUGCUGUAUCCUCCGAGUUUGCUACACAAGUACAAGUCUAUCUCGGACGUAAGGAGUGGAAGAUUCGAGAAAUGGCUGCCCGCACAAUGACUGCAAUAUUAUCUCAGCGCGAGUUCAACCAAUUCAUUCAAUAUCAAUUACAGGAAAAACUUGACUUAAAUAACCUCCAUGGUGUAUUAUUAUGCGCACAUAUCGGAUCGGCCAAGGUUGAUCAAAUUACUGCUGAGUUUCUUCUUUCUAAUAUUGAAGUAUUUGUCACUGAUGGGUUAUCAUAUUUUAUCAAGAAUGCAUAUAUCAAUGUUCUUGCCAAUAUUGAACUCGUAAUAAGUGAGCAAGCUUUGGAUAUGUUGAAGAACGAAUUUGAAAAGGUUCUCAAAGAGCAGGGUCGGAGACUUGACGGUGGGAAGCAAUUGUAUUUGUCGACUCUUUCAAGUUUUGUUUUCCUGCACAGUUUGGAUAAUGUGAGAUACAUUUUGGAUCAUGUGGAAAUGAUUUUAAGUUCCAAAUUCUUGACAGUUCAAAUGGAUAUCCUUGAAUAUAUAUCAAGAGAAUACCGAAGGAUUGAUUCUCACGGGAUUGCUGAUUUGAUCUGGAAAUAUAUCGAGACUCAAGACUUCCAUUAUGCCUUGACACGGGCACUAAAAGUAUAUUCAUUAUUGUUGGAAAUCCAUAUUCCAUCCUAUGCCAAUAGCAUAACUAAGCAUCUAAUUAACUUUUUAGACUCCUCAAAUCUUAAUGUCAAACUCAUUGCACUCGAAUGCCUUGCCAAAUUCCCAAUUAUCGAUGAAUAUGGUGAAAUAUCUGAAAAAUUCCUAUCAUGGUGCGAUAUAUUAUCCGAACCGUCUCAAUCACUUGACAGUCGACAAAGUGCCCAUCGUGCAAUUACCUCAUACAUGACAAAUUCGACAACCCGCAAAGGACAUGCUUAUUUCAGUUGUCUAAUGUUAAGCUUCGAAAGAGGUUUAAUUGACGAAAACUACGAAAUUCGCCAAAUGUCUACCAGAUGCUUAUCACAAGUAUGCGGAUUUAAUACGGUUGUGGACUGUGGAUAUAUGAUUAAUUAUUUCCCCACAUUCAUCAAGUCCAUUAGUGAUCCAGCUUUUUCGAAGUUGAUUUUGAACACGUUAUUGAGAAAUACAAUUGAUCAAGAUCAAUUGAAGGCGGCAACCAACAAGAAGAAAGGAGUAUCAUCGUUAUAUUCAGAAGAGAAGAUUGAAAGAUACUUAAGCUCAGACCAAUUUGGACGGUGCCUUUCAAAAGCUGCAUCGCAAUUGGAUAGAGAGGACCUUGAGGUGUUUAGCAAUAAGGUAGUACUGGAUUUUCGAGUUAUUGCCGAGGUAAGGUGUGCAUUUGGAAAGAAUAAUGGAUGGCUAAAUGAUGAUUUAAUGUAUGAAAUUGUCCAGAAAUCAAUUUCAAAUGGAGAGAUCUUAUUAGGAAUCGAAGCAAAUGAUAUAAUUAGGGAACGUGUGGAUGAUCUUUCCAAAAUGUUUUUAUGA